GAAAGCGACGUCGGGGUCAAUGAAAACAAACGGGGAACCCGGGGGAAGGAAGGCAGGCGAGGAGGAGGGAGCGCCGGGGCGCGGAAGAGAGCCACCGGGCCGCGGAAGUGCGAGCGGGAGGGCGGCUGCGGUCGCCUUUUUACCGUUGCCACGGUCGCCGCCACCGAGGCUCGCCCGGGAUGUCUGAGCGCGCGACUCGCGGCCCCGGAGCACCACGCGGCACCCGCCGUCCCGGCCUCUAAGCCGCCACGUCCCGGCGGCGCGCGCGGGCUGAGGGCGGCUUAGGACCGGCGGGGACCAGGGAGGGGGCCGGGGCGCCCGGGAGGGGCUGCUGCCCCAGGCCCGGUGCCUACCCCCAUCUGCGUGGCCGGCGCCUGGCCAGGAGGAUGCGCGGCGCCGGGCUCUGAAGCAUGGAGGGGGUUCUGUACAAGUGGACCAACUAUCUCACAGGUUGGCAACCUCGCUGGUUUGUUUUAGAUAAUGGCAUUCUAUCCUACUAUGAUUCACAGGAUGAUGUUUGCAAAGGGAGCAAAGGAAGUAUAAAGAUGGCAGUUUGUGAAAUUAAAGUUCAUUCAGCAGACAACACAAGAAUGGAAUUAAUUAUUCCAGGAGAGCAGCAUUUCUACAUGAAGGCGGUAAAUGCAGCUGAAAGACAGAGGUGGCUGGUUGCUCUGGGGAGCUCCAAAGCAUGUUUGACUGAUACUAGGACUAAAAAGGAAAAAGAAAUAAGUGAAACCAGUGAAUCUCUGAAAACCAAAAUGUCUGAACUUCGCCUCUACUGUGACCUCCUAAUGCAGCAGGUUCAUACAAUCCAGGAAUUUGUUCAUCAUGAUGAGAAUCAUUCAUCUCCCAGCAUAGAGAACAUGAACGAAGCCUCUUCUCUGCUUAGUGCCACGUGUAAUACAUUCAUCACAACGCUUGAGGAGUGUGUGAAGAUAGCGAAUGCCAAGUUUAAACCCGAGAUGUUUCAACUGCCCCAUCCGGAUCCCUUGGUUUCUCCUGUAUCGCCUUCUCCUGUUCAAAUGAUGAAGCGUUCUGUCAGCCACCCUGGUUCUUGCAGUUCUGAGAGGAGUAGCUACUCUAUAAAAGAACCAGUAUCUACACUUCACCGACUCUCCCAGCGACGCAGGAGAACCUACUCAGAUACAGACUCUUGUAAUGACAUUCCCCUUGAAGAUCCAGAUAGACCUGUUCACUGUUCAAGAAAUACACUUAAUGGAGAUUUGCCAUCAGCAACCAUUCCUGAAGAAAGCAGACUUAUGGCCAAAAAAAAAUCUGAAUUGGAAGAUCCUCUUCCAUCCUUCUCUUCCUGAGGAAACUGAAGUGUCCAACUUCCUCUAAGUAUUGCUAUGCAAAAGCUGCUGUUAUCAACUUGUUAUAGGGAGUAGUUUUUCCCUUUACUUAGUAUUUCUCUGCACUUUAUAGAAUAUUGUAAAACAAACAAACAAACAAAAAACAACCCACAUACUUUUGAAGUGUAUUUUAUCUUUAUAUAGUUUAUUUGCAAGAGUAUUUUCCUAAUAACUUCACAGUAUGAAUGUGCAUCUUUCUUUUUUUUAAAAAAAAAACAAAAACAAAUGAUGCUGUAACAUUUUGACAUCCAUACGGACAAAUGUAGAUAUUUUUCUAAAAAACUGUGAGGGACUGACAUCUUGGUCAGUGUGUAUUGUAGCUUAUAAACAUGAAAUCUUGUAAGGUUUCAGUUUGACAGAAGUGUGAUACAUGUAAAUUGUGCCAUGGACCAAAAGAUCACUUUACCCCAGCUUAAAAUGAGUUAUGAUAGCAGCUUGAUGGUGAAUGUAUCAAAUUCCUUUAAGAAAAAAGGAAACGCUUAAUAUUCUAAAUAUCUUUAGCCCAAAUAACAUGACAUUUUGAAUAUUCUUUAAAAACCAGACUGUGCUGUCCUUCAUAUGUGAAGUUGACACUACUGAUUUGUCAAUACCAAAUGUUGGGUUAAAGUAUUUAAUUUUAUUUAUUUAUUUUCUUGUUUCCUCAAAGAUGAUUGUUUUCUAACUUUUGUGACCUACCAAAUUUAAGAUGUGUAUAUGUUGUUAUUUACAUUGUUCUACAAAAGAGGAUGAUGUUGUAGUGACUUGGCUCACUUACACCAGAGAAAUAAAUGACUUUCAAUGGAAGAGGAUUUUAGUGCUUUUUUCCUGAAGUAGACAUUAAGCUGCUGUUAUAAGGUAUUGUUUGCAGCUCUUUAGAAUAUCUAGAGACAUUUUUAAUUUAUGACUAUUUAUACAAAAAAGGAAUCCUGUCAAGAUGACUGUUCUGUAUCACUUGAGAAUGGCAUUAUUUAAAGAGCAGUUAGCAUUUGUUUGAUAGUGCCUGUCCAUAUCUAUUGUCAGUGUUUGCCUUGUAAUCUCUCUCUCUCUUUUUUUUUUAUUCACUUUGGGAUGAUAGUUCUGUCCAAGAUUUUGGAUGAGCAGCACUUUAAAAAAACAAAUUGGCUUGGUGUUUUUAAGUUAAUCAUGUGUUUAAUAAAUAUGUGGUUUUUGCAUUCAAACUCAUCAUAUAAUAUAUUGUAUUUUUUACAUUCACUGAUAUUAUGUGUAGUCUUUAUUAAGUGUUAAUAGUAUUCUUUAUUGGUAUGAUUUCAUUUGUAUAUUCAGGCCUACUGGUAAAUACACAAUGAAGCAUACUUUUAGCUUUUUGUUGCCUGUGAGCUUAGAAUGGUGUAGCUUAUUUCCCUUUAAAUUUCUCUUAUAAGUUUAUGUGGCAGUUUUUUUGAAAUGAAUUAAUAGUUGAUAUUUACGCAGAUAAGAUAUGUAAUUAUAGGCUUUUUAAGUUUAAGAUAUGACAUCAAUGAUCUCUAUACAUUAACAUGUAUUUAGAUAAAAUGCUACUAAACCUGUUUGUGAUUUUAAAUAGCACGCAGGUCACAGACUACUCUGUGUUCAGUGGAAUCUUCCUGCUCAUAAGUUAUAUUUCAUGUCUAAUUGAAAAAAAAAUUGAUAAUGUGGUAAGUUUCCAUGUUGAAUGGACAGUCAGGUUUUGUUUUUGUUUGUUUUGUGGUAGGAACUUGCACAGUGAUGAAACCUUGAAGGUCAAGGUGCUUCUGGUAAAGUUUUUCUGGUAGUUUUUUUUUUUUUUUUUAGGUAUUACAUUUAUAAUGAAAACAUUAAUAAGAUUUUGAAUUCAUAGGAAAUAGUCAAGCCUAUUUUCUAUUGCUUUAUAGAUGGAUAAGUUUGUGAAGUUUUCUGUAAAUAUUUUAAAAAUAAAAAAUAGUCAUUUCUAAUUUGUAUUAUUUUUCACCCUUGAAACAGGUACUUGAAUAGGUGUGCUUUAACCCUAAGAAUGGCUUUUAUUGUGACUUGGAUCCACUUUUUUUCUUUAGGAACCAAAUAAAUUUGUGAAAUCA